GCGAGCGAGCGGGCAGGGGGGUGUGCGGCUGCUAGAGCCGAGCGGAGCGAUGCCUAAAUCAAAGGAACUUGUUUCUUCAAGCUCUUCUGGCAGUGACUCUGACAGUGAGGUUGACAAAAAGUUAAAGAGGAAAAAGCAAGUUGCUCCAGAAAAACCUGUAAAGGAGCAAAAGACAGGUGAAACUUCGAGAGCUCUGUCAUCUUCUAAACAGAGCAGCAGCAGCAGAGGUGAUAACAUGUUUCAGAUUGGGAACAUGAGGUAUGUUAGCGUUCGAGAUUUUAAAGGGAAAGUGCUCAUUGAUAUUAGAGAAUAUGGGAUGGAUCCAGAAGGUGAAAUGAAACCCGGAAGAAAAGGUAUUUCUUUAAAUCCAGAACAAUGGAGCCAGCUGAAGGAACAGAUUUCUGACAUCGAUGAUGCAGUAAAAAAACUGUAAAAUCCGAGCCAUAUAAAACCUGUACUGUUCAAGUUGUUUUAAUCUGUCUUUUUACACUGGCUUUUGUUUUCUACACGUUGUUCUCCAAGCUAUUGCAUGUUUGGAUUGCAGAAGAAUUUGUAAAAUGAAUACUUUUUUUUAAUGUGCAUUAUUAAAAAUGUUGAGUGAA